ACCGGGUAGGCUAGCUCCUGUUGGUUAGCUGCUAUAUAUAUGUACCUAACUAUACCCCCCUUGUAAAGUUGUGUCGCGAAUCAGUAUGGAUAUCCAAUUGUGUUGCGUGCUGUAUCGCUGCUAGUCACCAGUAGAACGAUUAGGUCAAUUCCGGCUAGAAGCACUACUAGUAGAUACAAUACAACUAGUUCACGUCCAAAGAAUCGAGAGCAGAACAGCUAGCUUGAGCCUAGCUUUGCACUGCGUGGGUGGAUCGAUAGGAGAAGCCAGCUUUGCCUUUUGUCAUUGUACUCGCCGCCGCGAGUACUCGACGUCGAGCCUGCAGGGCCAACACCCAAUUGCUUAAGUUUGUUUGGUUAAUUGGUUUCUCGCCAGGAGACAUGGCUAUGCUGCUAUACGAAGCACCUACUGGCAUCGCAAUUUUCUCUUUUGAUGGGGGCUACCUCAAUGAUCCAGUGAAGAACUUCUGGGAAUUCUUACCACCGCUUAGUCUGGAGGAAUUCAUAAAAAAUGAGAUGGUGCCUUCCCCCAUUGACACCACGAAUAAAGCUAUUGACGAUCAACUAGCCAAGAGGCUCACCGAGCUCUGUGGUUCUGAGAAGAAAUUAGUUGUGGGGAAUGCUGAAUAUAAAAUAAUAAUUGAUAUGAACCUGAGAAUAACAUGUCUACAUGUUCAUGUUCCGGAUUGUGAGGUGAUUAUUUGCAGUCUGGAGAAUCUCAUGUAUCCUUUAUUGCCUAGAAAACUAUCAAAUCCCAAUGAAGAUUUAACAUUAUUCUUAAGGCAACAUUACAUUGAUUUUAAGGCUGAGAUGGUGAGCUUACCUUGUCCUUCCUUAUUUCUCGCAUGUGAUGUUCUUCGUUGUCAAUAUUAGUACUUUCUUUUCUUUUCUUUUGAGCAUCUAUAUCAAGCAUGAAUAAAUCUCCUCUUGUUAUGAAAUGCUAGAUUUCUUUAUCUGAUUGUGCACUUAUAGCCCUCUAUCACCAAUGGUCGAAGUUUUUCAUAUAUAGA